GUUGGUUCGGAGGCGGGAUUUCGGAGCGACGCGCCUCUGUGGCUAUAAAUACCACCUCUCGCGCCCUCCGCUCAGUGUAGAAGACUGACGUGACCACAACUCAGGCGAUUUAACAGGCAAACAAACACACACGACCGCAGGUGAAAUAUGGCUCGUACCAAGCAGACCGCUCGUAAAUCCACCGGAGGAAAGGCGCCUAGGAAGCAGCUGGCCACUAAGGCUGCGAGGAAAAGCGCGCCAUCCACUGGCGGGGUGAAGAAGCCCCACAGAUACAGGCCCGGUACUGUUGCUCUGCGUGAGAUCCGUCGUUAUCAGAAGUCCACGGAGCUGCUCAUCAGGAAGCUGCCUUUCCAGCGACUUGUGAGGGAAAUCGCUCAAGAUUUCAAGACAGAUCUGCGUUUCCAGAGUGCAGCUAUUGGUGCCCUGCAGGAAGCCAGUGAGGCAUACUUGGUUGGACUGUUUGAGGACACCAACCUGUGCGCUAUUCACGCCAAGAGGGUUACGAUCAUGCCCAAGGACAUUCAGCUGGCCAGGCGAAUUCGAGGAGAGCGUGCAUAAAUACUUGGAUUUUAUUGUUUUAGUAGGGGGUGGGUGGGGGAGGGUUGGUAUGGGGGGUUGUUUUGUAAAUCUUGGAACUAUUGCCAGCAUGUGUACCACCUAAUCUUUCAUGUGUAGUUUAGGCAUGUUUUCCUUCUACUUCAUUUUAUCUUUUGACUUUCUCCCUGACUGUCUCAUUCACUGUAGAGUAGCGCUUCAUAUUUGAAAAACAAAUUUCCCCUUUGCCUUUUCUCAGGUUCGCAAAUUAUUUUAGAAUCUACCAUUUCAUCCUGUGUGCAUGUCAUGGGAUUUCUUUUUGUGCUGUAAAUAAACUUUCCGCUACCUCACA